AUGAGCCAAAAGCUAAGCGCUGCCAACACAAUUUCUCAACAACAACAACAACAAGAUGUUGUUCCUGUCCAAGAAUUUGGAAAGGACUUUAUCGAAAAGAUGGAAAAUGCUCCACCUGUUACUGAAGUUUCCAUCGAUGCUAUGGUAUUGUUGAAAAUGAUUAAUCACUGUACCGAAAAAGUUCCAAUUCAAGUCACCGGACAACUCUUAGGUUUGGAUAAUGAAGGCGUUUUGGAAGUUACAAAUUGUUUCCCAUUCCCAUCAUCAUCAUCAUAUAACGAAAGUAUUUCUGAAGAAGAAAGAAACGAUCAAGAUGAUAAAUAUCAAAUUGAUAUGUUACAAUGUCUUACGGAUGUUAAUGUUGAUAACAAUACUGUUGGUUGGUACCAAUCUACUUACAUGGAUAGUUUUAUGAAUGCUACAACUAUUGCUAAUCAAUACCAAUAUCAAAGAACUCUCGGAAAUAAGCGAUGCAUUCACUUAGUUUUUGAUCCAUUGAGAACUAGACGUGGUGAAUUAUUUGUUAAAGCUUAUCGUCUUUCUGAUAAAUUCAUUGAAGCUGUUAAAAUUUCAUACUUACAACAAACUGAACUUUCAAGUAUGAAAAAGAAAUACGAUUUAAAGAAUAAGAAUAAGAAAGAAGAUAUUGAAGUACUUACUGAAAAGGAAAAAUUACCAGAAUCAAUUGAAAAAAUUCAAAUCACACAAGAAAUUUUGGCUACAUUGAACCUCUCUGAUAAGGAUAUUUUCGAUGAAUUACCAAUUCAAAUCCAUAACUAUGCCUUGGUUCAAGCUUUCCUCUUAGAUUUUGAAAAUGAUGAACCAUCUCAUCUCUUGGCUGGUUAUGAUAGCUUGGAUAUGGCUAAUACUCAAUUCUUGACACGUGGAUUGGAAAGUCUUAUUGAAUAUGCUGAUAGCUUAUCAGUCCAACAACAUCGUUACCAAUUAUAUCAAAAGAAAUUGGCUCAACAAAAACAAAACGCCAAGAAGAAGGAUAAGACACAAGAAGAACAAGAAUUUAUGUUAAAGUCUGUUCAACAACCAGAUCAACUUGAUUAUUUGAUGAUUGCCAACCAAUUAGGAAAUGCUUGCGACCAAAUGACUUCGUUCUCCUCUCAAUCUAUCAACUUGAGCAAAAUUGCUGAGCUCGGAAUGAAAAAGGAAUAA